CACUGAGUCUGCAGUGGACGCCUGGCAAGCCAAGCCAAGCUCAUUGCAGGAUGAUGAAAGGAGCGCUCCUUAGACUCGGACUCAGUAACUUACCGGUAAGAGUUUAAGGGUACAGAAGGAGGCUACAGCUAGACUGGAUCGAGAGAGCAUCUGCUUGUUGAGGGGAUCAGCACGGACUUGGCAGUCAAAUUACAUACAUCAGACGCGCUACUCGAGAAGACUGCAAAAGCAGCUUGUCAUGGGUUUGGCAGCUAAGCUGCUUCUUGUCUGCUCUCCUCUCGCUUAUGCAGCAUUGAAGGCGCCUUCCGCACCCUUGCGCUUUGCCCUUGGCUACUCUGCUGGCGUCGGGUUUGUAAUAGCGGGUGCUGCCUCACUCGACAUCCCUUGGCUCCUCGGAAAGCGGAGGCGCGAUGGCAGUGUUCCCCUCUGGUCAUAUCUCCUCUUCUCCUCAUUCCACAUGGGGUUCAGGGUGUACGUCAAAGUUCGGAGGCUGGUCUCAGAGGAACCCGUUUACACCAAGGUGACGCCUGAGUGGUAUGUCGGCGGGUGGCCGUUCGCACCAGGGGAUGUUCCAGCUGGGAAACCUGCGGUUGUAGACUGCACUUGUGAACUGCAAAGGACGGCGGUGGUUGCAGAUUUGCCAUACUUAAACCUGCCAGCAUUUGACUCGCGUGUUCCAAAGCUAGAAUAUUUCGAUGAGGGGGUGCGGUGGUCUCUGGAGCAGCAGCAAGCGGGGAGACCUGUGUUCGUGCACUGUGCUUUUGGGCAUGGGCGUAGCGUGGCUCUGCUGUGCGCAUGCCUAGUUGCUCAGGGGGCAGUGUCCUCCUGGCAAGAAGCCUUUGCGUUGAUCAAGUCUGUCCGGCCGCAUGUACGAAUGAACAGGAUACAGCGGGAGACUCUCAUGCGGUGGUGCGAACGCUAUUCGCAGAAUGCGAAGACAUGAAGAUCCCUCAAACUGUAGAGAUAUCUACUGCCGUUAUUGAUUUGAUGUACGGGGUACAGCAUAAUGUCUAUCGGGGUAAUAAACAGAGGCUUUGAGCCGGAGCGCUUGAGCAUCAGUUUGGAUCCGGUUCUCCGUGUGAUUGUUUCCCGUAUGUUUGAACACAACAAUAGAAGCAAUCAAGAGGACACGUACAACAUAGCAGGACGCUCACGCACAGUCACUGCCGUAACAGCUUAGGUCAUUGUGAUCUCAGUUAACGGGUAGGGAUCAGAAAAUUCAACGCACGCUACUGGCCGGAGCUAGAUCAGUACGGUGUCAGGGUUAAAAGCACAGCAGAUUGAGAGACAGCACCAGACGGAACGAUGAAGAGAAUCUGAGUCAAAGAUUUGGGAGAAUUUUCGUCGGAGUGCUA